UGGGCCCGGCGCAGCGAUUCUCUGCUGGUUGGGCCCUUAAAGCGAAGCGCCGACCACACGGCACAGACUUUCUCCAUUGAAGAAUCAGCGAGAUGAAGAACAGCGCCAACCCGGCACCAUGCGCACCAGGCUCCCAAGGACCGCCUGCUUAUUGCGAAUCAUUGCACUCUGCAUCCUUCUCUCGCACACUGCAGCUUAUUUUGGGCUGACAGGUCGGGAACCCUUGGUGUUUCUACCAGGUCCGUUUUCCAAUGAAGCUCCGACAGGAAAGGCUCACCUGAAGCAGUGCGAGCAGAUGACUCUGACCAGGCGGCAGAAGAGGCUGUGCCGCAGGGAGCCUGGUUUGGCCGAGACGCUCCGGGAGUCGGUGCGCCUCAGCCUCCUGGAGUGUCGGUAUCAGUUUAGGAACGAGCGCUGGAACUGCAGCCUGGACGGCCGGGGGAGCCUUCUGAAAAGGGCGUUCAAGGAGACCGCCUUCCUGCUGGCGGUGUCCUCUGCGGCGCUGACCCAUGCGCUCGCCAAAGCGUGCAGCUCAGGCCGGAUGGAGAGGUGCACGUGCGACGACUCCCCGGGCAUCCAGCACCGAGAGGCGUGGCAGUGGGGGGUCUGCGGCGACAACCUGAAGUACAGCACCAAGUUCCUCAAGAAGUUCCUCGGCCAAAAGAGGGUCAGCAAGGACCUGCGGGCCCAGGUGGACGCCCACAACGUCAACGUCGGGAUACGGGCGGUGAAGAGCGGACUGAAGACGACCUGCAAGUGCCACGGCGUCUCCGGCUCCUGCGCCGUGCGGACCUGCUGGAAGCAGCUGUCGCCAUUCCACGACACGGGGCGGCUGCUGAAGUACCGCUACGACACGGCCUCGCGCGUGCUGAGCGUCACCAACACGGCCACCGGGGAGGCCGAGCUGGCGGGCCCCCGCCGCCACAGCCAGAGCCUCCGCACCACCGACCUGGUCUACCUGGAGGACUCCCCCAGCUUCUGCCGGCCCUCCCGCUACUCCCCCGGCACGGGCGGCCGGUCGUGCGCCAAGGACACGAGCUGCCAGAGCCUGUGCUGCGGCCGCGGCUACAACACGGCCAUGCGCCUCACCAGCCUGUCCUGCCACUGCCAGGUGCGCUGGUGCUGCCACGUGGAGUGUCAGACGUGCGUGAGAGAGGAGGAGGUGUACACCUGCAAAGCCGCGUAAACGAAACCGCAACAGGGAAAAAGAAAUAUGUGCAAAGACUAGAAAAAAAAGAUAAAAGAAAUAAAACAGAUCCGCUGAGUCACCCGUUAUGACCGAACUGUAAAGAGGCCGCAUGUUGCAUGUCGUUUCGGGACGAAUACACACUUGUAACAUUUGUAAACGUCGCCGGUUAUUCGCUCGUCGUCGCCGACCGUAGGCGAGGACGUUUUAACACUGCUUCCGUCUCCGCUGGAUGCACUGAAGUCCCGCUCUUCUGGGAAGGAGGGGGAAAACAAGCUCUUAAAACAGGUACUGGACUGGACUGGAAGCCUCCAGCAAGCGCGAGCCCCGUCCCACACGGGGACCAAGCGACUGUGUUGUAUCGUAGUUCCCACCCUUCAUUUGACUAUUUAUUGCACCGGCCGUCGUGUCUGCUGUACUGCUGCUUUAAACUUUAACCCCUGUAAUCAAGUGUAGCCGGUAGAGCGAAACUCUUAAAAAGGAAUCCAACUGUGUGUUUGUAUUUUCUCCUGCGUGCCGUGUUGGAUUUUCUGCUGUGGAGGACCCGGGGUUCUUUUCUGGGGUCGAAAGCACUUACUCUCCCUACAUAUGGCACGGCGCAUAAUUAGUGUUUAUAGAGUCACUGGAAGCUUCGGGGAGCUGUUGACACCGCUGAUAUAUAUUGCAACUACAUGCAUUAACAGGGUAAUUGUGCAAAGGAAGAAGCAGGGUUUCAGUUGCUCUUAUGGAAAUGUCUAUGGAAAUCUCCACACGGAGACUAAUGCGCUCUCCGCAGAACAAAGGGAAAUGCCCGGGCUAAACAAUGGCUUUGAAAGUCACUUAAUUUGUGAACAUACCAGCCGUGCUCUUCAAUUUAAGCUAUUUAUAGAAGCGCCCACUUUGAUAUACAUAGCUUGACUGAACCGUUUGGUCUUCAGAGUCUAAUUUAGCCGCAUAUUUGUUCUUUGGAGAAGGGGGGGACAAUCACGCUCCCUAUUUUCCCCUAAUCACAAGAAAAUCACCAGGUUUACUCCCAUUAACCAGACGUUAGUCCAGGUCAAAAGUGCACCCAGAUUUUUUUUUUUUUUUUUUUUGUCUGAGUGAUUCUGAGCUGUGUAUAUGAUCUGAUUAUAACUCAUACGAGGGCUCCGGGCGUCUGACAAUGUGUGGAAUCAUUCUUUUCUACCUCACUUCAUCCUUUGGCAAAUAUUAGUAAGAUUUAUGAGCUGUGCACAGUCUCUGUAGAUACACGUCUCUCCCUGCGCUUUUGUUUUAAAUAUCAUAUUUUAGAUGUUUAUACAGUCCAUAUUUCAAAAGCUUUUUUCUUUUCUUUUUUUUUUAAAUAAAAUGUUGUUGCUUUAUUUAAAAUGAAUAAGACGAAUAAAAGAACAUACAUUUGUA